AUGAACAAUCUCACGUUUCCGGACAACCAGCGGACUGCAGAGCUUGCGCACGUGGUGGCCACCUCGCCCGCAGCGUGCCAGGCCCUCAUGGCGCAGCUGCGCAUUGAUGAGAACAUUGGUGGUGGCCUAGCCGAUGUCGUGCUUGUUUCGGGUAGCGUCAUGCCAGGGGACGCGCUGCUGCCCGCUGCGGCGGUGGCCUUGCAGAAGGCUGUUCGCAUGGUGCGUGCCCAAUACGACGCCCCUGACAACGCCAGCCGCAUGGCCCCCUGGCCCGCAAACCUUACCCGUGCUGUGGACACCGCCUUCAACCACACCAGCAACCCCGAAGCCGCUGCGGCGACCAUGUUAGACGUGGCGCCUGGCCUGGCUUGGGAGCUUGAGCAGCUGCUCGCCUCAGAGGAGUGGCCGGACAUGCCGGUCUUUGACAGCGAUGCACUAGGAGGGCACGCACGCAUUGAGAGGGUAGCACAGUGUGUUUGCGGCCGCCUUCGAGACGAGGAGCAGCGGCGACAGCAGCAGCGGCGAUGGCAGCAGCCGCAGCAAGAGCAGCAGCAGCAGCAGCAGCAGCAGCAGCAGCAGCAGCAGCAGCAGCAGCAGCAGCAGCAGCAGCAACAACAGCAACAGCAGGAGCGGCAGGAGCUGCAGCAGCGUAGGCAGCAGGAACAACAGCCGCCUCAGAGCAUGCCUCAGCAGCAGCAGCAGCAGCAGCAGCAGCAGCAGCAGCAGCAGCGGGACGAGCAGCUCCAGCAGCUGCUGCAUGUGCUACCUGCCACGGCUCUCCAAGGGCCGGCUGGCGCAUGCGCCGGCUGCGGCGCGACUGAGGCGGCCGGCAGUGGCGUGCGGCUGCGCCUGUGCCGUGGCUGCCGGCGGGUGCGCUACUGCGGUGAGGAGUGCAUGAGGCGGCAGUGGCGCGGUCAUCGCGCCGCUUGCAAGGCGGCACAGGCUGCCGCACAAAAAGCCGAGUGA